AUGCCAAGACGAUCCGUGAACGAUGGGAACAAGUUCACAGGACUUUGUGGCGAUAAAGAAGUCAGCGAGGACAGCGGUCGACCGAGUGUGUUGCGAGUUAAAAUAAUCUCAAUGGGAGAAAGUGGCGUUGGAAAGAGCUGUGUGAUCAAACGUUACUGUGAAGAAAAGUUUGUGAGCAAGUAUAUCUCGACUAUCGGUAUCGACUAUGGAGUAAAGCCUGUGAUGGUUAAUGAAAUUGAAGUACGCGUGAAUUUUUGGGAUCUCUCAGGCUUACCCGAAUACCUUGAGCUUCGAAUCCUUGGACAGUUGGUUGCGAGAAGCUGCUAA